AUUUUGUAUGGAUUUAUAUAACUUAGGAGUCACACGGUUGGAAUGUUAAAAAAAAUUAGUAUAUAAAAAUUAAAAAAUAUAUAUUUUAAGAUAUUUUUAAAAAGGAUAGGAUUGAUAUUAAUAAUAAAUUAUCAAAAGCCUGCCGGAAAAAAGAAAGAAAGAAAGAAAAGAUACCGCCUUUUGCCUUGAGAGAGGGAAGAAAAAGAAAAAUGGCGGUACUAGGAGCAGUAGUAAGGAGGGUUUUAUCAGUAGCUAAAUUACAGUCUCAAUCGUUGCAAAUCCAUUUCAAAUCCAAACAGCAAUACACCAUUACCAACUCUUCUAAUCCUCUCCUCUCCAAAUUACUUCAACUGCCAAACUCCAAAAUCAAAUCAACACUCGAUUCAGACCUCAAUAGUUCUCAGUUUCCCUUCGAUGCCCUCGUUACCGCUCUUGCAUCUUCCUCACCCGAGAAAGCUCGCCUGGUUUUAGAGUGGAGAUUGGAUUGUAUGCUAAAGCAAAAUGAGAUAGAUCAUGUUCAUUACUCCAAUCUAAUAUCUCUUUGCGCAAAGAUUCACAAUGUUUCACUUGCAAUGAGGGUAUUUACAUCUAUGGAGGGUAAUGGUAUUAUACCCAAUACUACUGUUUUCAAUUCCCUUAUACAGGUUUGCUUGUCCUCAAUAAGUAAUGUUUUAACGGCCCUUAGUUUGUUCGAGAUAAUGGACAUUUCUGAGUUUUGUAAACCUGAUUCUCAGACUUAUGAUACUUUUGUAUUGGGGUUUUCAAAUUUAAGAGAUGUUGUUAAAAUGCAAGCAUGGUUUGCAGCGAAAAAGGCUGCUGGAUACACUGCAAAUGUGCAAAAUUACGAAUGUCUCAUUUCUACUUGUGUAAAGACUAAAGAUUUGGAUAAAGCUGAUAGGCUUUUUGAUGAAAUGAUGUCUAUGGGAGUUAUGCCUAGUGCAGCCAUAUUGGAAUGGGUCCUUGAAGGGCUUUGUAAACGUAGGGACUGUGAUCGGGUUAGAGGAUUUUUGAAUUUCUUGCUGGAAUGUAGGUUUGAGUUUAAUGGGAAUAUGAUCGAGAAGAUUGUGGAAUUAUAUUCUGAACUUGGUAAAGUUGAUGAGAUGGAGAAACUGCUUGAUAUUUGUGCGGAGUUUAAUCAAGUUGGUGAAACUCUAUCGCGAUUACACUGUGGGAUUAUAAGAUUUUAUGCCAAAGCGGAUAGAUUGGAUGAUGUUGAAUACUCUGUAGGGAGGAUGACAAGUAGCGGGAUGUUAUUUAGAAGUCCAGAUGAUGUUGAGAAGGUAAUUUCUUCAUACUUCAGGAAGGAAGCUUAUGACAGACUAGACUUGUUUUUGGAACAUGUCAAGGGCUAUCAUAAACUCACAAGGUCGACUUAUGAUUUAUUAGUUGCUGGGUAUCGAAGAGCUGGAUUGGCAGAGAAAUUGGAGUUGGUAAUGCUGGAUAUGAAAUUGGCUGAUUGAUUUUGCUAACAAUCUAUAUUGCUUAAUCAGGCAUUGUUAGUUGUGAAGAAAUUAGGUUUAUUGGCGGCAAUUUGAAGCCAAGCCUUUACUAGCAAUAGCAAUGAAGUUUGAAGUGUUGCAUUUGAAAAAAAUUGGAGGUUUGCAAGCAAUGAUUAAGCUGUGAGCAUAUAUUGGCCGAAUCAAUAGUGGAUGAAUGUGUUUUCCAGCAAAAACUUGAUGGACCCACUUAUGAACUAUCAUUUUUUCCUAGUCAUUCGUUAUGCAAAAAUUAUAUAUGAGAAGGAAAAUCUCUACCUCAUGAAUUUUGUUGACUUGGAUUAGUGAUGGAAAAUUAUAUAUUUCCAUCCGGGUAAACAUUUGUUUGAAGCAAGCUUUUAGAGAGGUAGAAGGUGAUCGUGCCUAGAAUCAUUUCACCGAGCAGGCUGGGAUGGUUCGUCUCGGCCGUGUCCUUCGGGGAAUUACAUGUUUGUGGGCCGGCUCGAAUAGUUAGACCUGAUAAGAUAAAAUCAGUUCGAAAAUCACACUUCGAAAACGGGCUUGAAGUGAUCGGACCUACAGAAAUAUACUCAUGUCCAAGCUCGGUUUUUACUAGUGCCUGGGCUGUGGGUGCAAUAUAGAUUGUAUAUUACUUUAUUAAACCACUAGGUAUUAAUUAUAUGCUAAAAUAGGUUUCCCACUAGUAAAGGGACUCUUCAAGGCAGAAAGAAAUGCAAGUAAUUGUUAAGGACAAAAAUACAAGUAUACUCCUAGUGGGUAGGACUAGGACCACUGCAAGAGCAAGUAGAACUUUCCUGCUUUUACCAA